AUGGGUCUUGGUGGUAGUAAUUUAAAAAUACCAGGUGGUGGUAGUGAAGGUUUUCAUGUUCUUCGUGUACAAGAUGGUUCACCUGGUCAUAAAGCUGGAUUAGAAGCAUAUUUUGAUUUUAUUGUUAGUAUCAAUGGUAUUCGACUUGAUACAGAUAAUGAUAGAUUUAAAGAAGUAUUAAAAGAAAAUGUUGGUAAACCUGUAGAAUUACUUGUUUAUAGUAGUAAAACACAAACAGUGCGACAAUUAACAUUAAUUCCACAUGAAAAUUGGGGUGGUCAAGGUUUACUUGGUUUAAGUAUUCGUUUUUGUACAUUUGAUAAAGCAAAUGAAAAUGUUUGGCAUGUCCUUGAUGUUCAACAACAUUCACCAGCAGCUUUAGCAGGUUUACGUUCGCAUACUGAUUAUAUGAUUGGAGCUGAUACAUUAUUAAAUGAUGCGGAAGAUUUAUUUACAUUAAUUGAAAGUAAUGAAGGAAAACCUCUUAAACUCUAUGUUUAUAAUAGUGAAAGUGAUAUGACACGUGAAAUAACUCUUACACCAAAUGUUGGAUGGGGUGGAGAAGGUAGUUUAGGUUGUGGUAUUGGUUAUGGUUAUCUUCAUCGAAUACCAAUUCGAACAGCUAGUUCACCACCAAUUACUAAACCACAUUUACCACCGAAUCCAUUAGAUGUUAAUAGUACUGGUAAUAAUGCUGAUAAAACUUCAUUACUUUCAACAAUACCAUCAUCAAAUGUUAAUGGAGGAGCAAAUAUGAAUUUUACAUUGCAACCUGCUAAUAUGCCACCAAUAACAGUAGCAAUGCCAAAUUUAUUUGUUCCACCACCGGUUAAUACAAACACAACAGCAACAAAUGAAACAAUGUCAACAUCAAAUAUUGGAUUUCAACCAACAUUGUCAACAACAAAUGUUGAAAGUCAACCAACAAUGUCAACUACAAAUGAUCCAAGUCAAUUUGCUAAAUAUUUUGGUGAUAUGACACUAAACCAAACAUCAUCAAACAUUGGAACAACAAAUGCUCCAUCGAAUUCCACAAAUUUUGUUCCUACAUUCACUAACAAUCAAUAUCCAACUCCUCCUAUACCUUCAUCUUUUCCUCAGCAACAAUCAAUAAGUCCACGUCCAAAUGAUCAAUUCCCAUCUCCUAUUCCUCCUCCAGCAAUGCCUCCAUAUAAUUUUGCAGCACCCAAUCCUCAACAACAACAACAACACUAUCAACAGCAACAACAACAACAACAAUACCAACAACAACCACCACAGCAAUAUUUUCAACCAGUUCCUCCAACAUUAUUUGGCGAUUCCCAACAACAGCAACAACAACCACCUUUUCAAUUCAAUCCUGCCUUUAAUACAUAUCCAAAUAAUUUUCCAGUUCCACCACCUCCCUCUGUCCAACAAACAUCACGUGCAUCACCAUUUGCCAAUGAUCAACAUGGUCAUUCACAUGAUCACGAUGCAGGUGGACAUGGACAUAGUCAUGAUCAUGAUGCAGGUCAUGGACAUAGUCACGAUCAUAGUGGUGGCGGCCAUGGUCAUAGUCAUGAUUAUUAA